AUGGCGUUGAAUUCCAUCGCUGUGUCGUUCAUUUGCAUCCCGCUCUUUGCGCUGCUGGUGGCCCGCACUUACGGACUGCUGGUCAACUACCAACAGGCACGAAAACUGGGGAUUCCCAUCGUCGUCAUUCCCUUUUCAUGGCAGGACGACUGGUGGAUUUUUCUCUACCCCUUCUUCAGAUUCCUCCGCCAUGUGCCUGGAGUAGGGUAUAUUUUCGUGUUCAGCUAUCAUUCCUGGGCCCAGGAUGAGCGAUACCGCCCACACCAGACUUACGGCGAUGUGUUCGUGAUCGUAUCCCCUAGAAAGAACGAGAUCGUGGUCAACGACCCCGGCCUGGCCGUCGAGCUGCAAACCCAGUACAAAUCGUGGAUCAAGCCUCAGCCCCUGUACGAGAUCUUUGAAUCUUUCGGGCCAAACGUCAUCAGCAUCAACGGAGAAGACUGGCAGCGUCACCGCAGAAUUGUUAACCCCGCUUUCCGUGAACAGAACAAUAAGGUCGUCUGGAGGGAGUCGCUGAGGCAGGCGAGACAGAUGAUGGAGGCCGUGACCAGUCGAUCGGAUGCCCGCCGCACGAUGCUCGACAUCCGCAACGACUGUGUGCUGAUUGCAAUGCACGUCCUCUCCGCCGCUGGGUUUGGACACAUUCACGAUUUCGACGGAGGCUUCCGCGAGAUCCCACAGGGACACCAGACCAGUCUCGCCGAGUCAUUGAAGUUCCUCCUUCAGAACAUCCUUUUCUGUGUGCUGUUCAAGAAUAUCCCGGUGCUCCGCUGGCUCAUGCCCGCUUUUUAUCGCAAGAUUCUCGCCAUGACGGCCGAGUUCACUCAAUAUAUGAAGGAAGCAAUCGCGUACAAUCGAGCCGUCACGCAAGGUGGGGGCAGUAGCGGCAACGCCGAUAUCGUGAGCGCACUGGUAGAGGCCGACGAGGCGGCGAAACAAGAACAAAAGGCGGCCGUACACGGCACUGGAGCGAAACAGAUGUACCUCAGCGACUCAGAAUUAUUAGGUAAUUUGUAUAUUUUCAACCUGGCAGGCUUUGAAACGACCGCCAACGCGCUGACCUAUACGAUCCCGUUCUUGGCCGCCAAUCGUGAGAUCCAGGACUGGGUAGGCGAAGAAGUGGACACUGUGCUCAAGGGCAGAGCUCCUGAACACCUUGACUAUGAAGAGGCAUUUCCACAACUCGUAAGGUGCCUGGCGCUGAUGUAUGAAACCCUUCGUCUCUGGGGGCCGGUGCCCAGCACGGAGCGUUGGUGUGUCGGUCAACCAAACUCUCUUCGAAUCAAGGGCCAAGAGAUCAUGGUACCAGUCGAGACAUAUGUGUCCAUAAAUCUUUACGCUGUCCACUCCGACCCACGCUGGUGGGGCGACGACUCCCUCACCUGGAACCCACGACGCUGGGUAAUAGCCGACCCAGCGACAGGAAAGGAGUCGAUCGCUCAUCCUCCGUCGGGCACGGUAUUUGUGCCGUGGAGUGUUGGACCCCGGGUCUGUCCAGGGAAGAAGUUCAGCCAAGUCGAGUUUGUGGCCGUCAUCUCGACGCUGCUGCGAGAAUACCGCCUGAAGCCACUGAUCAUAGAAGGAAAAACGACGACUGAAGAGCAGGCUAGCUCGGCAUUGUUGGAGGUGCUAGACGAUUCGAUGAACGUUAUCACGCCGAAGAUGCGUCGACCUGAAGAUGCGGGCGUGGUAUUUGUGGGACGAUGA